AUGAGCCCAUCUCAUCGUGGGCCCAACUCUUUCACAGCAGCCCGCAGCCCAAUCUAUCCCAUAAGCUCCAGUCGGUGCGUUCAUCGAAAGCCAUAUGUUCUUCUCUUCCUCCACUGUCCUGGCAACCACGGCGGCGAUGGGCUGGUCAGCGCUUCCCAUCGUCCGCUCAUGAGACGCAAGCCCUGCACCUACUCCUCCUCGCUCCUCUCCAGGCACUUCGCAUCUCUGCAAUCUCCAAUCUCGUUUUCCAAAUCUUUCAUGGCCUCUUCCGCCACCCAAACCCUAGUUGCCCUCUCCGAUCCCCGAGAGACUGCAGACGACUAUUUGUGUCCCGAAUCAGACAUUCUCUCAUUCCCCAAACAACAGGAACACCAGGAAAAUCAACCGCAACAGCGGCAGGAGACUUCUCUGGGUUCACCGCGUCGGUGCUUGAGCGACGUUCAGUCGCAAAUCGAGCGAGCAUGGGCUCAUUGGAGGAAAUUAGGUGAACCAAAGCUGAUCGUUGCUCCAAUGGUUGAUAACUCGGAACUUCCUUUUCGAAUGCUAUGUCGAAAGUAUGGGGCUCAGGCUGCGUAUACACCCAUGUUACACUCCCGCAUUUUCUCCGAGAACGACAAGUAUCGGUCCCAGGAAUUCACGACCUGCGAUGAGGAUCGCCCAUUGUUUGUCCAAUUUUGUGCAAAUGAUCCAGAUACCUUAUUGGAAGCUGCUCGGAGGGUGGAACCUUAUUGUGACUAUGUAGACAUUAAUUUGGGUUGCCCUCAGCGUAUUGCUCGGCGGGGCAACUAUGGAGCUUUCCUAAUGGAUAACCUUCCUCUUGUAAAAUCCCUCGUUCAAAAAUUGGCUGCAAAUCUUCACGUCCCAGUGUCAUGCAAAAUCCGAGUUUUUCCAGAUUUACAAGAUACAAUCAAUUAUGCUAGAAUGCUGGAGGAUGCUGGUUGCUCUCUUUUAGCUGUCCAUGGCCGAACGAGGGAUGAAAAAGAUGGGAAGAAAUUUCGAGCCGAUUGGAAUUCCAUCAAGGCUGUUAAAAAUGCUAUCAGGAUCCCUGUCCUUGCCAAUGGGAAUAUACGGCACUUGAAUGAUAUUCAGAGUUGUUUGGAAGUAACAGGUGUUGACGGGGUGCUUUCGGCUGAGUCUCUCCUCGAGAAUCCUGCACUUUUUUCUGGAUUUCGGACCGCUGAGUGGGUGCUCGGCAAUGAGGAAAGCAGUCGAGAUGGGAAACUAGACCAAGCAGAUUUAGUAGUGGAGUAUCUGAGGCUCUGCGAGAAAUACCCUGUGCCAUGGAGAAUGAUCCGUGCUCACGUGCACAGGAUGUUGGGGGAGUGGUUCAGGAUCCAUCCACACGUAAGAGAGGAUCUGAAUGCACAAUCCAGACUCACCUUUGAAUUUCUUUAUAAUAUGGUUGAUCAGCUUAGGCAGCUGGGCGCGAGAAUUCCACUUUAUCUAAAGGACACCUCCGUAGAAAGUGUUUUGGCUGAUGGAAAUACUCCAUGAUUUGCAAUUCUUUUUAUUGAACAAAUGCGCCCCGUGGCUGAAACCAGACCCAGCAAAUAGGGUAUAUGGUUAUUUUCUCAAAAUGAAUGUCAUUUUAGCAAUAGAGAUUGGACAAUUGUUAGGCUGUUAGUUUCUGCUUAGGAAGUCCAAAACUUGAGCUAAGACAUUUUUUUUAAAUAGGCAAGAGAGCUUUCUCCCCCCCAACCCCUUUUUUAAAAUUUAAAUUAUCUCUUCUUACCUCAUUCUUUGUAGUGAUUUAAUAUCUGGGUGACACAGAUUACCCUUGUUGUACGAACAUUCUUGUAUUUGAGAUCGUUUACUCCCAUAAAUGUAUUAAAGGCAACUCAGUUUAUAGCC